UCCUGCACGAAACAGGGGAAGCACCCAGAGCUGGCUCUGACAUUCUCCAUAGACCCAGUAGCCACGGAGCGAGAGAGUCAGUGAUUAAUGCUUGUUUUUUUUUUUGUUUGUUUCACUCAUUUACCAGAUUUAAAUGAUUCUCCGUGAUGUCUGUACGACAAACGUGCGGGGGAUCCAGCGCGUGAAAGCGCGGGGGGACGCUCACCCAAACGCGGAUUGCGCCAAACCGGCUCAAGUUUGAUCUCCGUGGAGUGAAAUCGCUCCCCGACCAGUGCGGACUGAUGAUGGCUCUCGUGGUUCACCUGAAGACGGUCGCUCACCUCCGGGGCAGAGCGGACAGGGUCGCCAAAGUUACGUUCAGAGGCCUGCCCUUUCACAGCCGCGUGGCAGAGAACUGUGAGGAGGUGGCCCACUUUAAUGAGACGUUCCGGUGGCCCAUUGCCAGCAGGCUGGACGGAAACGAGAUGCUGGAGAUACAAGUGUACAACUACAGCAAAGUCUUUUCCAACAGGCUUGUGGGCACUUUCUGUAUGGUUCUUCAAAAAGUGGCUGAAGAGGGGCACCUGGAGCUGACGGACACCCUCAUCGAUGACAACAACACCUCAAUAAAGACCAGUGUCACCAUAGAGAUCCGAUACCAGCCGAUGGACGGCACAGUGGGCGUCUGGAGCGACGGCGAGUUCCUGGACGUUCCCGAUGACCGCGACGGGAUGUUCGCCUUCGAAACCGACAGCCUGCUGUCUGGACAAAGCCCCGGUUCCGGGACGUCUCCAGCGCGGUCCUUACAGGGCUCCAUACCCACCUUCAGGAAAGCAGGCAAGGGAGUUUUCUCAGCCAUGAAGCUGGGGAAGAUCAAGCUCACCAAAGACGACCACAGGAAAGGAGAUGAGCCGGCGGUCCUGGACACGGAGGACCUGGACAGGAGGGCAAUACGGCUCGCAGGGACUAUGGAACCAGACACCAUCUCUCUGGCCUCCGUCACUGCCGUCACCACCAACGUCUCCAAUAAGAGGUCAAAGCCAGAUAUCAAGAUGGAACCAAGCUCCGGGCGACCAGUCGAUUACCAGAUCAGCAUCACUGUGAUCGAGGCCCGGCAGCUCAUCGGUCUCAACAUGGACCCGGUGGUGUGUGUGGAGAUCGGAGACGACAAGAAGUACACGUCCAUGAAGGAGUCGACCAACUGCCCGUACUACAACGAGUAUUUCGUUUUUGACUUCCACGUCCCCCCUGAUGUUAUGUUCGAUAAAAUCAUCAAGCUCUCAGUCAUUCACUCUAAGAACCUUCUCCGGAGUGGGACCUUGGUGGGGUCCUUCAAAAUGGAUGUUGGGACUGUUUAUUCUCAGCCUGAACACCAGUUCUACCACAAGUGGGCCAUCCUGUCCGAUCCAGAUGACAUCACAGCUGGAUGUAAAGGAUAUAUAAAGUGUGACAUCGCUGUGGUCGGGAAGGGCGACAACAUAAAGACUCCACACAAGGCCAACGAGACGGACGAGGACGACAUCGAGGGAAACCUCCUGCUUCCAGAGGGCAUCCCGGCAGAGAGGCAGUGGGCCAGGUUCUAUGUGAAGGUCUACCGCGCCGAGGGCCUUCCUAAGAUGAACACCAGCAUUAUGGCCAACGUGAAAAAGGCCUUCAUAGGAGAAAACCGAGACCUGGUGGAUCCCUACGUUCAAGUGCAGUUUGCUGGACAGAAAGGAAAGACUUCAGUCCAGAAGAGCAGCUAUGAGCCGAUCUGGAAUGAGCAGGUCAUCUUCACUGAGCUCUUCCCCCCACUUUGCAAACGGAUAAAAGUCCAGAUACGAGACUCGGAUAAGGUCAAUGACGUUGCCAUAGGAACGCACUUCAUUGACCUGCGCAAGAUAUCGAAUGAUUGUGACAAAGGGUUCCUGCCCACGCUGGGCCCAGCCUGGGUCAACAUGUACGGCUCCACCCGACAGUACACGCUGAUGGACGAGCACCAGGACCUGAACGAGGGACUUGGGGAAGGUGUGUCCUUCAGAGCUCGUCUCCUGCUCUCCGUCGCCGUGGAGAUCCUGGACACCGCCUCGCCCGAGAUCAUGAGCUCCACCGAGGUCCAGGUAGAAACUGUGUCCAACAUCUCAGAGAGUGCCACAGGGAAAAUGGAGGAGUUCUUCCUGUUUGGUUCCUUCCUGGAGGCCACAAUGAUUGACAGGAAGAUUGGUGACAAGCCGAUUAGUUUUGAAAUCACAAUAGGUAACUACGGCAACCAAAUAGAUGGCAUAAGCAAGCCGUCGUCAACAAAGAAGAAGAAGAAAGAUGGAGACAAUGAGGAGGAGGAGAACGAGCUCAUUCAGAACUCGAGUGAGGAUGAGGCGGAUGAGGAUGCAGACCUGGCCUCCGUCUCCUCCACGCCGCUCAUGAAGCCCGUCGUCACUGACAGGAACUACUUCCAUCUCCCCUACUUUGAAAAGAAGCCAUGCGUCUACAUAAAAAGCUGGUGGCAGGACCAACGCCGCCGACUCUACAACUCCAACAUGAUGGACAAGAUCGCUGACAAGUUGGAAGAGGGUUUGAAUGAUGUUCAGGAGAUCAUUAAGACAGAGAAGGCCUUUCCAGAGCGCAGACUCCGGGGGGUGCUGGAGGAACUGAGCGUUGGCUGCAGUCGCUUCGUGACGCUGGCCAACAAAGAUGUCAGCCAGGCAGGAAGAACCAAGCUGGACCGAGAACGCCUCAAGUCCUGCAUGAGGGAGAUGGACAGCAUGGGCCAACAGGCCCGGCAGAUACGGACUCAGGUGAAGAAGAACACGGUCAGAGAAAAACUCAAGCUGGCGCAGAACUUCCUGCAGAAGCUUCGUUUCCUCGCUGACGAGCCUCAGCACAGCAUCCCAGAUGUUUUCAUCUGGAUGAUGAGCAACAACAAGCGCGUGGCUUACGCCCGGGUUCCCUCUAAAGACAUCCUGUACUCCAUAGUGGACGAGGAAACUGGCAAAGACUGUGGCAAAGUCAAAGCCGUCUUUCUUAAGCUUCCUGGUAAGAAGGGCUUCGGUCCCGCAGGCUGGACAGUUCAAGCCAAGCUGGAGCUGUAUCUGUGGCUGGCGCUCAACAAGCAGCGCAAGGACUUCCUCAGCGGUCUGCCCAACGGGUUCGAGGAGGUCAAAGCUGCUAAAGUGGGCCCCGGCCUCCAGUCUGUGCCCCUCAGUCUCGUCUACAACAUGAAGCAGGUGUUCCAGCUGAGAGCACACAUGUACCAGGCCCGCAGCCUGUUUGCCGCUGACAGCAGUGGCCUUUCGGACCCGUUCGCCCGCGUGUUCUUCUCCACACACAGUCAGGUGACCGAGGUCCUCAGUGAGACUCUGUGUCCAACCUGGGACCAGCUGCUGGUCUUUAAUGAUGUGGAGCUGUUUGGAGAAGCCAGUGAGCUGAGAGAUGACCCUCCGAUCAUCGUAGUGGAACUCUAUGACCAAGACACUGUGGGCAAGGCGGAGUUCAUAGGUCGCACGUUCGCCAAACCCACCAUCAAGAUGUGCGACGAGCACUACGGCCCCCCCAGGUUCCCGCCGCAGCUGGAGUACUACCAGAUCUACCGGGGAAACUGCACCGCCGGGGAGCUGCUGGCGGCGUUUGAGCUGCUGCAGAUCGGUCAAGGAGGCAGAGCUGACCUCCCGCCCCUCGAAGGGCCGACGGACUCGGAGCGAGGACCCAUCCUUCCUGUGCCUCUGGGCAUCCGGCCUGUGCUGAGCCGCUACCGCAUAGAGGUGUUGUUCUGGGGCUUGAGGGACUUGAAGAGGAUCAACCUGGCUCAGGUGGAUCGGCCUCGCGUGGAUAUAGAGUGCGCCGGCAGAGGCGUGCAGUCCGCCCUCAUCCAGAACUACAAGAAAAACCCCAACUUCAGCACCUUGGUGAAAUGGUUUGAAGUGGACCUCCCAGAGAACGAGCUCCUCCACCCUCCUCUCAACAUCCGGGUCGUGGACUGCAGAGCCUUCGGCCGCUUCAUCCUGGUGGGCUCUCACGCUGUCACCAGCCUCAGGCGCUUCAUCUACACUGCACCGGACAAGAACUCCAGCAACUGGGCCACAGCAGCUAAGCUAAUGAACGGCUACAUGGUCCUCGCCAAUGGCGGCUCGCAGCCUCGCUCCUCACCCAGCCUCUCCUCCCGCACCCUCUCUCGCUCUGCAGGUGACAUCAUUGUCAACGUGGACUCGGAGCCUGCGAUUCGAAAGAUGGACACCGUCGUCAAGUUAGAUGCUAUGUCUGACGCUGUUGUGAAAGUUGACAUGACCGAGGAAGAGAGUGACAAAGAGAAAAAGAAGAAGAAGAAGAAAAAGAAGGGAGGAGUGGAGGAUGAGGAGGAGACAGACGAGCGAGUGCUGGACUGGUGGUCCAAAUAUUUUGCUUCCAUAGAGACGCUGAAGAAGACCAUCAGAGCCCAGGAGGCGGCUCAGGCAGAGGCGGAGGAGAGGGAGGACCUGGAGAUAGCAGCAGAGAUGGCAGAUCUCAAACCCGAUGACCUUCUCCUGAAAGGCUCCAAGACAAAGGAACGAAGUAAAGAGAAGAAAAGCGCGAAGGACAAGAAGAAGGGUCAGACGGCAGACGGGUCCGAGAGAAGACCGGCUAAAGCCAAAGUAGAUGAGCUGAUGGUGUUCAACAAGGAGCUGGAGACGGAGUUCGGGGACUUUGAGGACUGGCUGCACACCUUCAACCUGUACAGAGGCAAAGCCGGGGACGACGACGAGCACGCUCUGGAUGACGACAGAAUCGUAGGAAGGUUCAAGGGAUCCCUGUGUAUGUACAAGCUCCCCCUGUCUGAGGAGAACCAGGAGGCGGGCUUUGAUCCAAAUAUGGGCAUGUUCCAGAGCAUCCCGCAUAACGACCCAAUCAAUGUCCUCGUCCGUGUGUAUGUGGUGAGGGCUACUGAUCUUCACCCUGCUGAUAUUAAUGGUAAAGCUGAUCCAUACAUCGUCAUCAAGCUGGGAAAAUCAGACAUUAAGGACAAAGAGAACUACAUCUCCAAACAGCUCAAUCCUGUAUUUGGCAAAGCAUUUGACAUUGAGGCCACGUUCCCCAUGGAGUCCAUGCUGACAGUGUCGGUGUACGACUGGGACCUGGUCGGCACCGAUGACCUCAUAGGAGAGACCAAGAUUGACCUGGAGAAUCGCUUCUACAGCAAAUACAGAGCCACCUGUGGCAUUUCCUCCACCUACUCUGUCCAUGGAUACAAUAUUUGGCGGGACCCCAUGAAGCCCAGCCAGAUCCUGGCUAAGCUCUGCAAGGACGGCAAGAUCGAUGGGCCUCAUUACGGACCUGGAGGCAAAGUCAAGGUGGCAAAUCGAAUUUUCCACGGACCAACAGAGAUUGAGGAUGAGAAUGGCCUGAAGAAGCAGACGGAGGAGCAUCUGGCCCUGACGGUGCUGAACCACUGGGAGGAGAUCCCGAGGGUGGGCUGCAAGCUCGUCCCUGAGCACGUGGAGACCAGGCCGCUGCUGAACCCUGACAAACCUGGCAUCGAACAGGGCCGCAUCGAGAUGUGGGUGGACAUGUUCCCCAUGGACAUGCCUGCUCCUGGACCUGCCCUUGACAUAGCACCACGGAAGCCAAAGAGCUUUGAGCUCCGUGUUGUUAUUUGGAACACUGAUGACGUAAUUCUAGAGGACGAUGCUUUCAUGACAGGAGAGAAGAUGUCUGACAUCUAUGUCAGGGGGUGGCUGAAAGGGCAGCAGGAGGACAGACAGGACACGGACGUGCACUACCACUCGCUGACGGGCGAGGGCAACUUCAACUGGCGCUUCGUCUUCCCCUUCGAUUACCUCAUGGCCGAGGAGAAGAUCGUCAUCUCCAAGAAGGAGUCCAUGUUCUCUUGGGACGAGACCGAGUACAAAAUCCCUCCCCGCCUCACGCUGCAGGUUUGGGACGCGGACCACUUCUCCGCUGACGACUUCCUCGGUGCGAUCGAGCUGGAUCUGAAUCGGUUCCCGCGCGGCGCCAAGACCGCUAAGCAGUGCUCCCUGGACAUGAUCCGCAACGAGCAGGAGCUCCCCACCAUUUCCAUCUUCAAGCAGAAGAGGGUGAAGGGCUGGUGGCCGUUUGUUGCCCGGGACGAGAACGAUGAGAUGGAGCUCACGGGCAAAGUGGAGGCUGAGCUGCACCUGGUGACUGCUGAGGAGGCAGAGAAAAGCCCCGUAGGCCUGGGGAGAAACGAGCCGGAUCCACUGGAGAAACCAAAUCGCCCAGACACCACCUUCCUGUGGUUCCUGAGCCCGCUGAAAGCAAUUCGCUACCUGGUGUGCAACCGCUACAAGUGGCUGAUCAUCAAGAUCGUGGUGGCCCUGCUGCUGCUCAUCAUGCUGGGCCUCUUCCUCUACAGCAUGCCCGGAUACCUUGUCAAAAAGCUGCUGGGGGCCUGAGGCUGCUGGGGGAAGCGUGGAUAAGUGGAGCAGAGGAGUCUCUGUUCAUUCCAAAAGCAAGCGGUGCGAGGAGCCUCGUCCACAGGAAGAGAGGCAGAUGGAAGGAAGGGGUCAGACCUGCUGCGUUUCCAUUGUGACCUUCCACCAUAACGCAACCCUGUACCCUGUAACACUGGAUCCGAUCCGCAGCAAGCCUGACGCUCAAUACCUGGACGCCAUCCUUGACCUGAGUGAACAGCAAUCAGAUGUCACAAUGUACUGAUUUAACUAACCAAUAGUCCUGUAUUUGCUUCUACAAUUUUUAAUUCGAUCAAUUCAGAUUAGUUUGUUGGGUUAGUGGGUCAGCUGAUUGCUCACACGUUCAUAUCAAGAGAUGCUAGCAGCUGAUUUAGGUUCACAGGGAACAAAUGCACAGUAACUUUGCUUUUAUCCUCCCGUGUUCAGCCUCUGUAAACACUGUUAACACGUUUAAAAAGUUUAUGUCGCAGCACAUUAACAGUAAGAGCUUCUCCUUCUUGGAUGUAUUGUAAGUUACUAGAAACAAAUAAUUCAAUGUCUGAUUGUACAGCUGCCUGCAUUUCUCUGUGCCCACAGGAAGAAUUUUAUUUCUACUUGCAACUACAUUAUAAUAUUCUAGACCAUGAGAAAGUUUAUUUAGUGCUUUAAAAAUGCAGGAGGGUAAAAGCAAGCGUUGCUAUGUUGUUGUUUUGUUUUUUACCAUUACAGCACUUGCAGUCUUUGCACACCUUUAAAAUAAUAAUAAUUGAGAAGAAAGAAAAGGUCUAUUUUACUAAUGAAAUGAAAUGACACCGAACAAUGAAUACAAUAAUAACUAAUAAGUCUUCUACAGGUUUUAGUUGAACAUUUAUUAUGUGUAAUUUGCAUCAAAGCAAGCAAAAACAAAACGUGCAAAUAUAUUUUUUCCUUUAAUUAAUAUGUAUAUAUAUCAUUAAGACCAAAUUCAAACAGCUGAAUCUGUCUUCUCGCAGUGCCCUGUCAGUCACCAUCAAUGUGUAAAUGAACACAUUUCUCACUCGCUGUGGACAAAAACCUGUGCUCUUCACUGUUCAGUGUAACAAAUGCAGAGACUAAAAGAGAAUGAAAUCAAUUAUUUGCAAACGUCCUCACAUCAGAUCAAAAGUAACCAACUUCGGGCUACCGCUGUUUUCUACCAGCUGUAGACGUGUGUCAAUAUGCAUGCAUCGUUGUGAUAACUGACCUCAGAGGUCGUGUGUGACGGCAUGAACUGUUUUCCAGCUCGACAUGAGCUAAAUCACUAGCACUAGUUGUCUCUCAGCUUUACUGAUAAUGUACAGAUGACCUCACUGGAGUAAAGUGCACUUGAGGGAGUGGUCCGAUGGGCCUGUGUUGAUUCUGAAAACCCUGCUCCUGUCUCCAUAUCACGUUUGCAGUGUCCAGUACCUGUUUGGAAAUUUGCCUGCGCUAGACCUCAUUUGUGUUGCGCUCUUUGUGAUCCUCGUUCACCACCUACAGAGUUCUUGUUUGCACUAAGCUUGCCUGUUUUUAUGAAGAACUUGUGUAUUUAUAUAUCUGUUACAAUAUAUGCAUUAUUUAUUUUUCUCUGUUUUGGCAACUGGAAAUUAAAAUUGCUAGUUAUAACCA